AUGGCUACGAAAAAACUUUCCUUAAAGGUUAAUGCCUGUUUAUUUGAUGUUGACGGCACAAUCAUUAUUUCCCAGCCAGCUAUUGCUGCUUUCUGGAGAGAUUUUGGUAAAGACAAGCCAUAUUUUGACACGGAACAUGUCGUAAAUAUUUCACAUGGUUGUAGAACUUAUGAUAUAAUGGCAAAAUACGCUCCAGAUUACGCCACUGAAGAAUAUGUCAAUAAAUUAGAAAGUACUAUUCCAGAAAAGUAUGGGGAAUAUUCCGUUGAAGUUCCAGGUGCCGUUAAAUUAUGUAAUUCCUUCAACGAGCUGCCAAAGGAAAAAUGGGCCGUUGCAACUUCUGGUACCAGAGACUUGGCCACAAAAUGGUUUAAAUACUUACAUAUCAAGAAACCUACUCAUUUCAUUACUGCCAAUGAUGUCACUCAAGGUAAACCUCAUCCAGAACCAUACUUAAAAGGUAGAACAGGAUUGGGAUAUCCUCCGAACAAGGAACACCCAGAAUUAUCUAAGGUUGUUGUUUUUGAGGAUGCUCCAGCUGGUAUUAUUGCCGGCAAAGCUGCUAACUGUAAGAUUAUUGGUAUUGCUUCCACUUUUGAUUUAGAAUUUUUGAAAGAAAAGGGAUGUGAUAUUGUUGUUAAAAAUCUAGAAAGUGUUUCCAUAGGUGGGUACGACUCCAAAACUGAUGAAGUAGAACUAGUGUUUAGUGAUUAUUUAUAUGUUAAGGAUGACAUACAGCAAUGGAAAUAA